AAGAAGUGAAGAAGAGUGCACGCAAAGACAAAAGACACUUCUACGAAACACUGGCAAGUGAAGCAGAACAGGCUGCAGGUAGGAGAGAGAGACAGAGAGACCUGAUAACAUUGUAUCAAAUAACCAGGUUACUAUCUGGAAUGGAAGAGAUCAACACAACCGAAACCAAUAAAAGGUGAUGACGGAAAUCUACUCACCAAAGAAGAGAAACAAAGGAAACAAUGGGCUGGCCGACCACUUCAAGAAGCUCUUGAAUCGACCAGCACCUACACUUCGUCCAGAAAUACCACCUGCAGUCACAGAACUACAAGUGAACAUAAAUCCUCCAACAAAAAUAGAAGUCCUGAACGCCAUAAAAAUGUUGAAAUGUGGGAAAGCAGCAGGACCAGAUGGGAUACCGCCAGAAGCACUGAGAACAGACGCAGAGACAACAGCGGACAUGCUCACACCACACCACUAUUGCAGAAGGUGUGGAAGGAAGGGAAGGUACCUGGCAGUUGAUUGGAAGAAGGGCUACCUUGUCAAACUCCCGAAGAAGGGAGACAUCAGUGUUUGCAAGAACUGGCACGGAAUCAUGCUCCUCUCCACCCAAAGCAAACAAAAUAUUAAGCCACAUCAUCCUAGAGAGACUAAAGCAUGCACUGGAUUCAAAACUACGACCAAAACAGGCAGGCUUCAGGAAGUACAAAUCAUGUGCGGAUCAAAUUGCAACGCAACGCUUCGCAUCAUCACAGAACAGAGUAUAGAAUGGCAGUCAACUCUCUACCUCAACUUCAUCGACUUUGAAAAGGCCUUUGACAACGUCGACCGAGAGGUAAUUUGGAAACUGCUUCAAUACUACGGAAUACUACAAACCUUUAUCAAUCUCAUUCAGCAACUAUGUGAAGACGCCACAUGCCAAGUUAUUCACAAUGGGAAGCUCAGUGAUGCCUUUGGAGUGAAAGUGAAGACAGGAGUGAAACAAGGCUGCCGCCUACUAUCACCCAUGAUAUUCCUGAUUGUAGUGGAAUGGAUCAUGCAACAAACAGUGAGGAGCGAGAACAGAGGGAUACGCUGACUGGACCGGGGAAAAGAACUUAGAAGAUUUAGAUUUCGCCGAUGAAUUAUGUCUAAUGUCACACAAACUUCAAGAUCUACAGACAAAAUCAACAAGUUGACAGAAGCGGAAAGGCAGAGAAGACGGGACUUCAAGUGAACGAAGAGAAGAAACAGGUGAUGAAGAUACCCAACCACCACCACCAACAACAACAACAAGCCCCGAUCACCAUCAACGGGAGAAACUUA